CCGCAGGUGAGCGCCGCGCCUCCGGUAAAUUCGCACACCUCGAGCCAGCACCCGAGUCGGAUCCCGGAGAACCCGAGGCGAGCUCCCCGCGCAGCGUGCGGCGCCCCGAGCCCGGCCGGGCCGGCGAGCACAGCCGCUCACUCCGGGUUUCCCCCGGGUCUUCCACCCCCUCCUCCUCCAGCCGCAGCUCCCGAUCCGGUUGCCCAGAGACCGCGCCGCCGCCGCGCCGAGGGACCAAUGAGAGCCCCGCUGCUGCCGCGGGCGCCCGUGGUGCUGUCGCUGCUGAUCCUGGGCUCAGCCCAUUAUGCUGCUGGAUCGGCCGGCAAUGACACCUACUCUGGAAAAGGGGAACCCUUUUCUGGGGACUACAGUGCUGAUGAAUUUGAAGUCACCUCAAGAAGUGAGGUUUCCCUUGUGAGUGAGGAGCCUUCUGAUAGUGAACUGUCCUCGGGGAGCGACUAUGACUAUGCAGAAGAGUAUGAUAUUGAGAGGCAAAUAUCUGGCUAUAUCAUAGAUGAUUCAGUCAGAGUUGAACAGGUAGUUAAACCCAAGGAAAACAAAACAGAAAGUGAAAAUACUACAGACAAACCCAAAAGAAAGAAAAAAGGACCGAAAAAUAGAAAAAAUCGAAAAAACAAAAAGAAAAAUCCAUGUGAUACAAAAUUUCAAAAUUUCUGCAUUCAUGGAGAAUGCAACUAUAUAGAGAAUCUGAAAACAGUAUCAUGCAAAUGUCAUCAGGAUUACUCUGGUGAACGGUGUGGGGAAAAAUCCAUGAAGACUCACAGCAUGGUUGAUGGUGACUUAUCAAAAAUUACGUUAGCAGUCAUAACUGCCUUUGUCUCAGCUGUGACCUUCGCUGUUGUUGCUGCUGUUAUUAUAAUCCAGCUUCGAAAGCGAUAUUUCAGGGAAUAUGAAGGAGAAGCUGAAGAACAAAAGAAACUUCGACAAGAAAAUGGAAAUGCACACAUCAUAGCAUAAAUGAAGAUGAUAUUACAGGGAUCGGAGUCACGGCCAAGUCACAACCAGGAGUGAUGAGUUGGUUCCUCUUUUCAGUGGAUCAUAAGAAAACAGGACAUUCUUGUUCUAAUGGUUUUAAACUUUCAAUUGUCACUUUUUAUGCAAGUCUUAUAUCUGUAUAUAAAGAUGCAUGGAGAGAAAAAGUAUUUUUUCAGGUUGUAAAUAAUUUAUUUAAUAUUUAAUGGAAGUGUAUUUAUUUUACAGCUCAAUAAACUUUUUUAAUCAAACAGAUUGAGAGUUUGAAUGUUGAGAGUUAGUUUUGAGAUUGUAAGACUGGAGUAUUUUCUCAUAACACUUAGGUGAUUGUUUUAAAAGGAGUUCCUUCCCUUUUUCUUUUUUUUACUGGUUUAUGUUCAUCUUCAAAACGUAUUCCUUUUCUUAGAAAGCAUUCAUCAUGGGAAAAUUAUAAACUUAUUUUCUCCCACUUAGUUCUCCCACAAAUACUAAUGUCUCAAACUGGCUUUCUUAUUUCACGUAGAGUUUAUUCCAAGUCCUGGUAAUUAUAAAAGCCUCUAAAAUGAACAUAUGACACUGCAUAGACACUGAUAAUAUAAAAGAGAGAAAAUCUACUGCUCAUCAUCAUCAUCACCAUAAAUAAGGUGACAUGAAUAGGAUUGAAUAUUACAAAUGUGGCAUUUCAAGAGAACUAGAAAGUACUUAGAUUUGAAACUCUUUCCCUAACAUCAUGGCAUGGAUGUAUAAAGCAUCUAUAACCCACACCACCCUUUCCUCCUCUUGCUACAUUUUCUUACAUCUUUUAAAACAAAUACAUGUGUAUUUGUGGUGGGUAGUCUUUCAAGAACAUUAAUGUUAUGGGAUGACUCACAGUCUGGUUCCUGGCUGCUCAACUAAGUUACCUGCACACAAAACAAUCUUUAAAAUAUGUGGAGAGCAUCUUGGGGAAAUUAACCAAUAAUAAGCAUAAUCCCAGCAAUCAUCACACAGAAUUUCAUGAAUGAAAGCUGCCUUGAACAUCAGUACUUCUUCCAUCUGUCUCUAGCAUACAACUUAUGAAAUUCUUGCCCAUUGAUCAUCUAACCGAUUGCUACCCAGCCUCACCUGCACACUGUCACGUGAGUUUUAAAUGACUACAUGCCCAGGCUCCCCUUUCUGACCUUCGGAUUUAAAGGAAUGGGGUGUGGGAUUUUGUUUUGUUUUUGCUUAAUUCCUUUACCUUUUUCACCAAACCCCUCUCCUCUGACAGCUGUCAGUCUGUUUUCUGUACCUUUAAGUCUGUUUCCACUUUAUGUGUUUGUUUUGUUCAUCAGAUUUCUCAUUUAAGUGAAGUCAAUGUUAUUUGUCUUUCUAUGACUGGCUUAUUUCACUUAGCAUAAUACUCUCCAGGUCCAUCCAUACUGUUGCAAAAAGUCAAAUUUCCUUCUUCGUACAGGCCAAGUUGUAUUCCACUGUGUAAAUGUACCACAGCUUUUUUAUCCACUUAUCUACUGAUGGGCACUUGGGCUGUUUCCAAAUCUUGGGUAUUAUAAGUAAUGCUGCAAUGAACAUAGUGGUGCAUAUAUUCUUUCGAAUCAGUGUUUUGGUUUUCUUCGGUUAUAUUCCCAGAAGUGAAGUUGCUGGGUCAUAAGGCAGUUCCAUUUUUAAUUUUUAAAGGAAACUCCAUACUGUUUUCCACAGUGCUGCACCAAUCUGCACUCCUACCAACAGUGCACAAGUGUUUCCUUUUCUCCAGCACUUGUUUGUUGAUUUAUUGAUGAUAGCCAUUCUGACAAGUGUGAGGUGAUAUCUCAUUGCAGUUUUAGCAUCUUUUCAUAUAUCUAUUGUCCAUCUGUAUGUUUUCUUCAGAGAAAAAUCUAUUCAUUUUUAAAUUGGAUUAUUUGGUUUUCCUUUGGUGUUGUAUAAGUUCUUUAUAAAUUUUUGAUAUUAACCCCUAGAUGUAUGAUGGGUGAAUAUGUUCUCCCAUUCAGUGGGUUGUCUUUUCAUUUUGUUGAUGGUUAUUUUGUUGUGCAACAACUUUUUCAUUUGAUGUAGUCCCAUUUGUUUAUCUUUCCUUGACUGAGGAGACAUAUCAGGAAAAAAAUAUUGCUACAAGAAAUGUCUGAGAUUUUACUACCAAUGUUUUUUUUCUAGGAUUUUUAUGGUUUUGAGUCUUACAUUUAAGUCUUUAAUCCAUUUUAAGUUUGUUAUUGCAUAUGGUGUAAGAAGGUGGCCUAAUUUUAUAUUUUUGCACAUAUCUAUCCAAUUUUCAACACCAUUUAUUGAAUAAACUAUCUUUACCCCAUUGUAUGUUCUUCCUAUUUUGUUAAAUAUUGAUUUACCAUUGAUCUGUAUGUCUUUUUAUGCCAAUGCCAAUACCAUGCUGUUUUGAUUACUAUGGCCUUGGAGUAUAUAGUUUGAUAUCAGGUAGCGUGAUCCCUCCAACUUUGUUCUUUUUCAAGAUUGCUGUCGCUAUGUGAGGUUUUUUGUGGUUCCAUCUGAAUUUUUCAAGUAUUUGUUCUAGUUCUGUGAAAUACAUCAUUGUUAUCUUGAUAGGAAUUGCAUUGAAUCUAUAGAUUGCUUGGGUAGUAUGGACAUUUUAAUGAUGUCCAUUAACAUGAUAUAUGC